UUACCCAUGAAGCCCCUAUAAGACCAAGACUAGCACCAAAUCCCAAACUUUCUUUCUCUUCCCCAAAAAUCCCUGUUACACUCCCCAAGAAUUUCCCAGUAGUUCCUUUUCUCAUAUCUGAGAAUUGGAUAAGCUCCUCUACUCCACCUCAGCCUUCAGAAAAAAAAAAACCAAACACAACUCAACCCACAGACAAGAAACAACUCCAACCAAAGUCACAUCUAUGUUAAGUUUCUGAUGUGAAAACUGUUUGGGGGGCUUAAUUUGGAGAUUACCACCAUGUUGAGCUCCACUUGCUCUCACUCCCUUCUCCGCCGCCCUUUCCUCCCCUCCUCUAUCCCCAGAGCCCGGGUCCCGACCCGCCCCGGUGGUGGCCCGUAUCCAAUUUCCCGGAGUUUCAGGAUCUCCGAAUCUCAUUCCCGGCCUUCCAACACUAGGUGGACGAGGAUUUCUUGCUUUAGGCAAGAGGAGUCCUCGUCGGAGAGCCCGAAAGCUGAGUAUAUAGGACACUUGGUGCCGGAGGAAGUAGUCAAGCCGGAGUUUGAUGGUGCCAAGGAGGUCAAGAGGGACUGGGGAUUGGCUCUGAAAGAGGCUGCAGAUGCAGUGUUUAGGGCAAUAAACAGUCGGUGGAGUGUACCAUGGACAGCAGAAACCAUAUUGCAGGUUAUGCUACUCUGGGUUUUUGCUUUCUGGUUCAUAGGUUCUUGGAUGGUACCAUUUGCAGCUCACCUGGCUGGUUUCAACAGGGAAUCAUUGACAUUUAGAGGUCAAGCCUUAUUCAGCCUAGUGACUGAUGUAACUGAAGGGCUUGCUGGUAUUAUGAUCCUUCACCGCUGCUUAUCUCAUUUCCGUCCACUUCCUCCAGAUUGGUUUAAAUUUAGCUUGAAAGGAACAUGGCAGAUAGAUGUUGUGUUGGGAUGCCUUAUGUUUCCCCUUGUCAAUCGGCUAUCGCAAUUCAACCUCAACCUAUCACCACUCUUGCCGUCCACGCCUGUCACGAUAUCAAGUGUGGAGCAAUCAAUUUUGGCGCGUGAUCCAGUGGCAAUGGUACUCUAUGCAAUAGUAGUUUCAGUGUGUGCGCCCGUGUGGGAGGAGAUUGUCUUUAGAGGGUUUCUACUCCCUUCGUUGACCAAGUACAUGCCUGUGUGGUGUGCAAUAUUGGUGAGUGCAGUUGUCUUUGCUUUAGCGCACUUCAAUGUACAGAGGAUGCUACCGCUUGUGUUCCUUGGGGUGGUGAUGGGUGCUAUAUUUGCACGGUCAAGAAACCUAUUACCAUCGAUGCUGUUGCACAGCCUUUGGAAUGGCUUUGUAUUUUUAGACUUAAUGAAAUAAAACCCAAGACCUGCACUUGUGAUUCA